AUGGCGGCGCCCAAGAAAACGCAACAAAUCAUCGGCGAGGACGAGGAUGGCAGCCAAUUACAGGCUCCUUCUACGGGACUUCCCUAUAACGCGGAGAGCGAAUGCGUGCAGAAGCAGGCCCGCUCCGCAAAGGAUUGUAUAAAUGCGCGUGAUGGCAGCGUCCCGGACAAGUGCUUCGCUCUCCUGACCAACUUCAGCGAUUGCAAGCGCUCCAUGGUCGACAUGCGGUCACGAUUCCGAGGGCGAAAAGGAGACGUC